CUAUGUUCCUGUAACGGAUCCAUUUUAAAUAUGGAGGAGUACGGAAUGAAAUUAUUAUCGAUGAAGCUGAUCCUAAUUUUCUUCUUCUUUUCUACUCCAGUCAUCGUAAAAGGCGAAGGGGGACAAUAUUUUCGCGUGAGGCCGAGAAACAGCUCUGUCCAGGAAGGCCGUGACGUAACAAUAUCUUGCGAAGUUGGAAACAGAGUUGGGAUCGUGCAGUGGGUGAAAGAUGGCUUCGCCUAUGUCAUACAAUCGAAUGGAGAAAUCGUGGGGCAUCCGCGAUUGAGAUUAAUAGGCGAUCAGAGCACAGGAGUUUACAAUCUUCAGAUCACACAGGCUUCUUUGACCGACGAUGGGGAAUAUCAGUGCCAAGUUGGACCAUAUUUGCGCAUUAAAUCGAUCCGUGCCAACGCUCAUCUCACCGUCAUCUCGCCGCCGCAGAAAGUGGAGAUCAGCAAUCAUCCGAACAAAAAGAAGAUCGAGGUGAAGGUUGGGGAAUCUCGUCGUUUGGAAUGUGUGGUACGAUCUGCGAAACCUGCAGCCACGAUUACAUGGUAUCGUGGAAACAUUCAGAUCAAAGGGGGUGAAACGUCGAUUACACCUAUUUCCAUCGAGGGUGACAAAGAAGUACAAAAGCCAGGUGAGAACAAGAAGGAAUUGCUUAAGUACGACACCCACGGUUCCAUCGUCAUUAUUCCUACUGCUGAUGACAACGACAUGGAUUAUACUUGCGAAGCUAAUCAUCCUGCAUUACCCUACAGUAUGCCUUUAAGAGCAACCAUCAAACUUUCUGUUUUCUAUCCACCUACCAUGCCGUAUAUCGAAGGUUACACCGAGGGUGAGACUGUGAAACGUGGACAACAAUUGGAUCUGACCUGCCGAUCUCGCGGAGGGAAUCCACCCCCCCAAAUAUUCUGGUACAAGAACAACGAAAGGAUCUCAUCACCCUACAGGAACGAGGGCCACUUCUCUGAGAACGUGUUAUCCAUUACUGCGAAAGCGCAGGAUAAUAACGCGAGAUACAGAUGCGAGGUAUUCAAUAUCAUGAGCGUGGAACCUUUAAAAGUGCACGUGGAUCUGACUGUACUUUUCGCGCCAUCCGGAGUGACGAUCACCGGGCCAACAGAAGCGAAGGCCGACGAACAAGUGGUGAUCACCUGCACCACGGAGAACUCGAAUCCUCCCGCGGAUAUCAAGUGGACAGUGGACGGUCACAAUUUCGAGAGUAACGCCUCUAGAACCGAGCCAGCCCCCGAAGGUGGUUGGAUCACCACGUCCAACGUGACGUUCAACAUAAAUCGCACCAGUCGCAGUAUAGUCGUGAUAUGCGACGCGUCUAACGUGAAACUGACCGAGAAUGUCGUCAGAACCCACACCAUAACCGUGAUUUAUCCACCGUCGAAACUUAGUAUCACCGGUUACGAGGAAGGAACGACGAUUGACGCAGGAACGGUACUGAGAUUGUUGUGCACUGCAACUUCUGGAAAUCCACUUGCCACGUUGAGUUGGUACAAGAAUGAUAGAAAGGUACCAGGAACCACGAGAACGCGAGAUCAUGCGGUUUCAAGCGAGUUAACGAUACUCAUAAAUGCAUCUGACAAUAAUGCGCGCAUACGAUGCGAAGCAGCGAAUUCCGCAACACAAAUUCCCCUGCUCAAAGUGCUCGUCCUGAAAGUUAACUUUCCGCCUGAUAAAGUCAAGAUCACUCGCGAGCCGCAGAAUCUACACGCAGGCCAAGAGGGUCAUAUCAUUUGCGAAUCGAGCAGCAGUAAUCCGGCGGCGGAGAUGUCGUGGUGGAAGGGCGGGAUCCCGGUGCAAGGUACCAAAAAUGGCACUAAGCCCGGCUUACAUGGGGGAUUUCUAUCGUUCGUCGAAUUGUCGUUGGAUGUAACGGAAGAAAUGAAUGGAGAAGUGUACACGUGUCAAGCGAGAAACAAUCAAAUGGAUAGGUCUAUUCACGAUGCCACUACGCUCGACGUAUUGUAUAAGCCGAUAUUCUCCUCAAUCGAGCCUUACGAGUUAAUAGGAAUGGAAAGCGAACCUUUCGUGAUUUCGGUUUCAGCUAUGGGAAAUCCUAACGAGAUAAGUUACACGUGGACUAGAGAUGGUUUACCUCUGGUCAGUAAUAACAGAAGAAUAUCUGUUCGUGCUUCUACGUUAAAUAUCACUAAACUGGAUCGUCACGAUGCCGGAACUUAUAUCUGUGAAGCCACUAAUGAAGAAGGCACGACAUUUUAUCAAUUGAACUUAACUGUUCAAUAUUCAGCAAAGAUUAAACGCACCUCAACUUCGGGAAUAGUAUAUUCUCCCGGAAUCGAAGCGAAAUUGUUCUGCGAAGUGGACGGUAGUCCCAUAGGAGACGAAUAUGUCACGUGGCAGAAAGUUGGCUCAAACUCGGAACUCUCUGGUCGAUAUUCCACCUCUUUCAUCAACAAAACUUCUUAUCUGCACAUCGAGAACCCUGAUCAAGAAGAUGUUGGAGAAUAUCAAUGCAAAGUUAACAAUGGAAUCGGCAAUGUCACUUCUGAACCUAUUCUUUUCAUCACAAACUUCAAACCACAAAUGAUGAAUACACCAUUGACGAGAAGAGCAGCAGCAAACAAAGGAACAAACGUUCAAUUGUUAUGCAAAGCAAGAGGCUCGCCUUUACCUCGAUUCUCUUGGACAUUUAAUGGAAAAACAUUGCUCCCUAAUGUCACGGAACAUAAAUACGGAAUUACGCACACUGAUUUAAGCGAAUUAAUUUCCAAUUCGACGCUGACUAUUUUCCGUGUGACAUCGCACGAUUACGGGAAAUACGAGUGUCGUGCAACGAAUAAAAUGGGUCAGUCGACGGAUAUGAUACAUCUAGACGUGACAUCACCGCCGGACAAACCUAGCGAUCUUGAGGUGUUCAACGUCACCCAUGAUUCUGUCACACUGGUGUGGAAAAGAGGAUUCGAUGGUGGUUUGCCAACCUCGUAUCAGAUACGUUGGAGGCAGGCUCUCGAUUACGAGCAUCGAUACCACUAUCUGGAUGUAUCGGCAGGAGAAUAUAAAACCACGAUAACAGGAUUGUCCCUUGGGACAUACUAUGUGUUCAGCGUGAAAGCUAUCAAUGAGAAAGGGGACAGUGGCUUUCUACCUGACUUGGUUAAAGUUCAAACACUUCGGCCGAAUAACGCUGAGAACCUGCCGGACGUUCUCUUGGAAAAGGGGGAUUUUACAAUGAAUUAUAUCUAUACGUUUGCAGCAACUUCCCUCAUCUUUUUUAUCAUUAAUAUCUUCAUCAUCGUGUUGUGGUACAUUAUGAGAAAGCGAAAUAAAUCUCGAAUAAACAAAUCGCAAACAGCGGAUAUGUAUGCACCAUCAACCGUGAAUGGAGACACCAUGACCGGCGAAUUAAGUUCGGUAUCGGAUGAGAAGAGCGACGUUAACUUCGACACUAAUGAUUACGUGGACGAGGGACGAAAGACUGCAGCUAGCACAUAUUUGAUAGAUCAAACUAUGCAAGAUUUUGGAAAAGGGAAUAUGGAAAUGCAGGUACAUCAUCAAGGAACACUUGGUCGCCGUGGCAACCACAUUCAACCACCGAUGAGCAUGGAUUCACCGCCACAGCGAACGACAGCCAGUGGAACACUUUCUGUUUCGAAAUCGAGUUACAUCGGAAACCCUAGUCCGGCACCGCCAAACGACGUAAAUUUCUACAGUGUAGAGAUCGAUAAUGGCCGUUACAUGGGAUAUGAAACGAAUCACAGUCCAGUGGUGGGUGAUCCAGGUUCAGGUAGUUAUUAUCCAUCCAUGAGUCCCACUGGACAUAUGCUUUCGAGUCAUGUGAACAGCGGGACAGGCACGUUGACACGCAGCAGAACUUUACCACGUCCAGUCCCACCACCGGAUGUGACUGUGAUGACUGCUGGAUCGAAAUCGCCGAUACCACCGUCGGUACCUCCACCACCUACUACGUUUGCUCGGUCGGUAUCCAGCAACGCGCACACUCAUGGUCACCCAUUGUCGACUUUUACUCCCACGCCAGCCUAUUCCGAUAUUGAUGGUCAUCUUGUCUGAGGAUCGCCAAU